GGACUACUUUGGGGGCCAGUAUGUUUGUUGUUGUUUAGAACUAGUUUGUUUCUAUUUUAUACUGUAAUAUUUAAAAAGACUUUGGCGGCCGAAAGUCAACUUUAUACAGCAAAAAAAGUUGCCAAUCUAAAUGCGACGUUCAAGAAAUGGUACAUAUGAACCACCGGACUAUGAUAAGGUACAGUUCCACAGUGUUAUGUUUUGGCCUAUUUGUAGUACGACUCACUCACUUUACUUGUACAGGCUGUACAGCCUCGAGAACAGCAAGUGUUAAUAGAGCAAGUGUUUACUCUACUUCAAAAGCUUAACGUUUCUGUGAACAAAAUAAUGUUUUGUGAAUGUGUGAAGUGAAAAGGUGGCUGGCCCGGUUGUUAAAGAUGCGGUACAGUCCGAUCUGCGCAUGUGCACAAAGGAGCGCUCUUUUUAUUUACAAACAGUUUAUUUAGGUUUUUAUUUCAUUUUAUGUUCUUGCAAAGCUUGAUUGUUGUCUCUUGAUAAUUUAUUAUACUCUAGAAUCAUGAAAAUAUAAAUAUAGUUGUCGAAUAAAAUUCAAUAUUUUGGAUACCGAAAUGUAAACAAAGCCUUUGUUUACAUACGGACUGUACCGCAUCUUUAAAUGAGACCCAGUGUGUUAAAAUAACUUAAAAAGUGGGAUGAGUUGUGGUUUAUAUAUAUUGUAUGAUAAAAUCUUAUCUUGCUUGGGACCAUUCCAUUUAAUGUCCACUUCCACGGAUGAAUUUUUCUGAAGGGUGACCCCAAAGUCGCUUCUGAGGGGUUAAGCCUGUUGGCAUCCUUUGAUCUCUGCAAUUUUUCUGAGGGGUAAGGGGAAAAUUUACAAAUUUCUGAGGGGUGUUAUGUGUCGGCACUUUGAUCUUUUUUUCUUAGGGGUUAAAAUUUUACUGACCUCAUCUGUAGGGGUGGUGUGGAUUUUAAAUGGAAUGGCCCUUGCUGGGGGCUCUGGGUCCAUUUUGUUAUUUUUGGCCAGUAAAACGCAGGCCCAGAGAUGCAGGCCCAAGGUUUUAUAUCACUCAUCACUUGAAACUGAUCAGUUUCCUGAAUUUUAACAAAUAACAGACAUAUACAGUAGGUGGCAGACGAUUGGCAUGGUUGGUGGGGGAUAUAGACUAACUCUAGGGGUUAAUGGAGGCAUAACCAAAGUUUUUGCUGCUGCCACCCAGCUAGAAAGAAAAGGUUAGUUUCCCGGACUUGUUGAUUUUAUAUGACGUAUGUGCUAUGAUCACCAGCUCUGCCCAGGGAAGCACUUGGAAUGCAGUCUGGAACACAACUGCACAACAACUACCUCGACAACUACUUUACUUUACUUUACUUUACUUUACUUUACUUUACUUUACUUUACUUUAGUCAGAUCAUGCAAAUUUGGUAAUUAGUCCAAUUAUAUAUUGCACCAGCCAAUGACUCAGAUAAAUAACAUAAAUGCCCAGCCCUAAAUGCCGGCCUAUCAACCUCCCCGGCAAAUUUUUGCUGACCUUAAUUCAGCCAAAGUAAGAAACUUUUUUGGUGCUGAUAGCUGUUAUAAAGUCAGCAAUUAUAGAUUUCAAUUUGUAGUUCGAUUAACUUAACACACUAGCUUUGGUGUAAGCUUUAAAAAUUGAUGGGUAUAUUUAGGUAAGACUCCAAAAGAAAAGCUGUUGUGUUACUGUUAGUAGUUUACGCUUUCGUGCAAAACGGCAUGCUUUAUAUUCCGAUUUCAAUGAUUCGUAAAUACGCGAUUACUGGUGCUCGUAGACAUGGAAACAGAUUUUUGAAAAAAUGCCGAGACGUGCCGACCUAGGUCAGAUUUAGGUCAGCAUUUUUUUGCCAACCUCAAUUUUGACGGUUUUCAAGGGCUGAAUGCCAUAAUGAUAUAUCUGUUUUCCAGGGUGCUAGUUAUCUGCCAGUUUGCAUGAGUUCUUGUUUUCCCAGUUAUUUGGCUGUUUAGAUAACCAACUCUUUUAUAAAUAUACUGAACAAUGCAAGUUCUGGAAAAGUGGCAACAUGCAAUUAAGUCCCACCAGUGCCCUGUCUGCUGCCUGAAACACUGCUUGCAACAAUUUUGAAGCAAUUUCAAUCAUACACAGGGGCGUAGGAAGCGGGGGGGGCACGGGGGGCACGUGCCCCCCCAAAUUUUUUUAAAGGACUAAAAGUGCCCUUUUUUGUGAUAAAAAGUGCCCUUUUUGUGUUGAAAACGCCCCUGAUCAUACACAUCCUACUAAUUACAUUUUCUAUGAUCAUGUCUGAUGUAUAUACUGUACAGUUUAGAACAAACACUUUAAAGGCUGGCAAUACACCCAAAAGUAUGUUAUUCUGGCUAUAGAGGCUUGUUUUUGUGUAUGUGAUUUUAAUUAAAACCUAAUGUAUCAAUGAUGAAAACAAGACUCUAUAGCCAAAGUGGCCAUGCAUUAGGACUGUUCGGUAUACCGAUAUACCGAAAAUAUCGGUAUUAAAUCAAUAUUGGUAUAUCGAUACCGCGGGAUAUUCAACCAUACCGAUAUACCGAAAUUUCGGAUAUACCGGAAUUUUUCGGUAUACCGUGUUAAAUUUACCAACUAUAUGGCGAAACCAUAACCUUUAUUUUACUACUGAAUGGCAAUUCAAAGAACUUUCUACUGCAAAGAUUUAGAAUUUCCACUUCAAUGAGAUUUUACACUGAGUACGUGCAUGUCGUUCGAAACAUGUUCGAAACAGCUUCGAAAUUAUCGUUUUCCCUUUUAGAAUUACUCAAAAUUUCCUUCAAACUUCCAUUAAAGAAUUUUCCUUUAUAAUUAUCAAAGGAAAACCGAUAUACAGAUAAUAUCGGUAUAAUUUUUUCGGUAUACCGAUACCGGAAGUUUCUCAUACCGAACAUUCCUACCAUGCAUCCCGAAGAGUGUGUUGUGAUUAACCCAUUGAGUGGCAGCACUCUCUACUUGACGAGUAAAAUCGUUUGGCGUUAAACAGAGUACUGUAAAAUACUAAAGUAGGGUGCAUCAGGGUGCAUUGCUACUUUAAUAAAGGGUUAAGGGAAUAAUACCAAAUAGAUUUCUGUGCAGGAUAGUAUCACCCAUGCAUGCGGGGUGUUGUGAGACUUUCAAGUGCAUGAAUGAUGCUAUCCCUGCACACGAAAAACCAUUUGGUAAUUGUUUUACACUCAGUUAAAUUUAUUACAGCUAUUGAUGAAAUGUGAAUUCUCACAACAAUCGUGAACUAAUCAAUCAGAGACAGACUUUGUAAGUCGCUAACCCCCACUAAUGUUCUUUAUAAUCCCUUUAUAAUUCCACACAUUAUAAUGUUUUCAUUGUCUGACAUUUUAAUAAGCAUACAUGUGCAUUUUUCAUGCAUGAUUCAUGACUGAUCCUGCACAGGUAUUGACCAAUCAAAAUGUGUGUUUUGCUGUAGUUAUUAUAUAAUUGUUUGUAGCACAUAUGAGCAUACAAUAGCAUUGUUUUUAGCACGAAAUUUGUUUGACAUGUAUAUUCAGCUUAUUGAAAAUUUCAUUAUGAAAUUCAAGUGAUAAGAAAUAUCAGUAUGACUGAAAACUUGUACCAAUAUAUACCAAAUAUCGAAUUCAAUGACAGUAUUUUCGGUGUAUCUGACAUACUAAACAGCCCUACAUAGAUCAUAUAUUACAUAGAUGUAUGUCCAAGUAUCAAAUAUUUUGAAGGAUGGAAAGCAAGAUGGACACUUUAACCGCACAUAAUAGGCAGCUUUUCUGAACAGUGAUUUUUAUUGGCUCCGUUUAACAAUAAAAUAAUAUAUUAAUUGUGUUCAGAACAUACAAUUAAAUAUACAUUGAAUACACGUACCCUUCCGGAAAGUGCUCAGUCGUUUACGUGUUUGAGAUAUUGUAUUUUAAUUACAACCUUUGCCUUGUGACAGGUGACAUAUUUACGAAACAAUACAGUUAUAUCAGUGAAUAUAAGUUUAUAAUUUUGUUAUCAGUAACAUCAGAAACACAGAAACAAGCCUCAGUCUAUAGCCAAGACUAAGUACUUUCCUGAAGGGUGCAUUAAUUGGAGGAUGAUUUCUGAACAAAAUGUCAAAGUUGAAUAUAACACUCCAUAACAUAACUAUGAUAAUAUAAAAGCAGAAUGCCUGUAUCUUUGAACAACCAUGCAGUGUUCUGUUUAUUAUUUUUACUCGUUCAUGAAUGCCUAGUAAACUGAAGUACAGGCAAAUUUUAAUUAAUGACACCGGAGCUUUGCACCCAAGAUACCAAGGAACAGGGACGGUAUAAUUCGCUUUUGCCGAGGUGGCGCCCAAAGGAGAUAUGCCACUGACUUGAACUGACUAAUGUCACGGCGUGACAUUAGAAAACUAAAGCUUCUAUCAAAUAAAUGAACGUGAGUUCAAAUUUCUAACAAAGGAAUCUGUCAAAGAGGUUGGGAAUGAAACAAGAUGAGCAUUUCACAACGCUGCAAUUGAGCUUGGAAGAAAGAGUACGGCAAUCAGAAUACUUGAACAUUUAGACGAUCUGGAAAACCAGUGGCAGUGAUAAGUGAUUGUCUUCAAUAUCUUCAUGAAACACACUGCUAAGAAAGGCACGGAAACAGAAUUAAGGUUAAACACAGGUUAAACACAAGUUUUUCAGUUAUAUUGCUGUCAUGUGUUUUUACCCUCUUUAAAUAAAGUUAUUCAUUCAAACUUUGCCCACGUCGAUAUACCUGUUGUCAACCUUUCUACCAUCUACAUGUACCAUUAUGAUUAUCCUAAUUAAUGUUGUUAGGCGAUCUUAUGGGACCAGUCCGGUGUUUAACAACAAAACAAUAUUGCAUUCAUUUGAUGAGUGUUAAAGCUCCUGGGGUCCACGGCUAAUAAACAAUUAUUGAAUGAGGUUGCAUUUUGUUUACGCUUUUAAAAACAUGAAAUUUUCGCGCGCUUUUUAGCAAACAAUGUACCGCGCCGGGGCUUGGCAACCACAGCGCGCAGUAAUACUUUUUUGGACCGAACAUCGGUCCAAAGAAGUAUUACUGCACGCUGAUGGCGUCAGCAAUCUCGUACCCAAAGCACUGACCCAAAGCCACUCAACGAUGGCUCUGGAUACGCGACAUUGAUGGCGUCAGCAGCUGAAAUAACGCAACGGCUUCAAGAUAUACCGAGAAUUAUCUGACACGUUUUGACCAAUCACGAACGAGAAUAGACUUUCAAUAUAUAAUAAUAUCCGUUAUCUCAACGUAUCUGGUCGUUCGGACAAAUUAAAGAACGUUGGCUAAUUUUGUUGUAAGACACUGUUAAAUGCGGCUGAAUUAAUUCUUGUAAUUAAAAUACGUAACUCAAUCUCUAUAUUUUGUAUAGGCUUAUUUUGAAUAUUAUUCAAACAGCGUUGGAACAUCUGAUAGAAAUUUCAAUAGUGAAAGCAGUAUUUCAAAGAACGGUAAUGCAUCCAUUUGUUCCUUGAGAAUUAACCCUCUACUACAUGCAUAGACGGAUUUUCAUAUUUUUUACUGGGGUGGUGCCAGAAAUUUUAGGGGGGUGAGCCGUGAGCAGGUGACUGAAGCAACACGAAGUGUCACCAAACCCCAGUAAGGUCUAUAUUCCAGGGGUGGAGCACUAGAGCCGCUCUUCCGAUCUCUAGAGAGCAGAAAACAAAGUAUCCUUGGAAAAAUUUGAAAAAAAUCAUGAUUUCUGGCUUCGAAAAACGUUUUUUGAAGUUGUCAUAUCAAUUGAUUUGGGCAUUUCGCAUGUCCGAUUGUCUGUUGAGACUUGAGAGAGUUAAAGUUAAAUGAACCUGUAAAAGUGUAAACCCAAUUGGCCAAUACACAAUAUGCUUUUACUUUUAUAAAGUCAUUGACAUUGUGUCGUUUGAAUCCGAGUACAAUUUAUGAUGCGACUCCGAUGUAAAUAAUAUUUGGGGCGUAAAGAUUAAAUCUAGGCAAGUCUAUUUCCUAAAAGAAUUAAAAACUAAAAAUAAUGUUCGUAAAAAUUCCAAACGUUCCUUGCAAGCAAGCUAUUUGCAUGACAAGGCACUGCAAACUCUAUUCAGGGGAGAUAAUAGAGUUUCAAAAUUUUACAAUUGCUCCAAUAAACCAGUGAAUGCAAGCGAGGAGCGAUUAGUUUCAGAGUGUUGCACUGUCUUUUUCUGUUCGAGUGUACUCCUACGUUUAUUUUGUAUCAUCAACACUCUGCACGUUGGAGUGGACUAUUUAAUGAUUUUUUAUUAUGCGAAUAUUGGGGGGGGGGGUUAAAAUUUUUUUUGGAGGGGUGGACAUUUUGUUUGGGGGGGGUUAUAGCUAAUAUUGGGGGGGUAGCACCCCUGCACCCCCCCACAAAAUCCGUCUAUGACUACAUGUACUGUACAUGUAGAUCAAACUGCGCACUUUUUAGUUAAAAACAAAAUGUGUUGAAUCUGGUGGUUCUUCAUUGCUUAUUCGUUAUAGAUAUAUUGAACUACUAUUGAAUAUUCACGUUGAUUUGAAACGAGGCACAUAGCACUGAGGUCAUGGCAAACUGAUUAAUUUGCGCCGUAUAAACAGUUACACGAGGAAACUAUUAAAUAUGUACAAUUGCUGUGAUUUCGGUGUGACAAGUAACUCGCCUCCAUAUAACAUUCCUUAAUACUUGAUUUCAUGUAUAUUUGGAUUAUGGAUUUUACUUAUCGUUUUACCUUUACCCGUACAUGAGGCUUAGUUCAUAAGACAUAAGGCUUUUUUUAUGCCUAUAAAACAAAUCAACAUAUAGUGUAGUAGCUCAUUAACCAUUUUAUAAUCAGAUUGAAAAGAAAACAUGCGGGAACAUUUUGAAGCAACGUUUUGCUAUAGAUAAUUGUUAUAGAAAUUAUUUAUACCGUGGCCUAUAUAAUCAUGCAUCCUUUUCCUAUUGUAGUGUCUAGGUAUAACAAAGGGUCCCACAGAAGUGCAAUCGAUCCCAUGUCAACCCAAUCAAAUAUUGGGAAUUCUUCAAUUAUCCAACCGCCAUCACAGCAAACACGUUGGUCCAGUGAAACGAUGACAAGCAAUGAGAAGGAACAUUACAAAAGAGCAUUAAAUGAAAUAUACGAUGCUGUCAAAUUACGAACACAAAGACUGGAUACAGAAUCCGGUUCUGACAGCGACACUCAUUCAGAAGGUGCAGUGACAUUGCACUAUUGUUUAAUGAUUGUGGCCAGUAUCAUUCACAACGGAGUAUUAUUUUGGUUGAUAAAAGACUGACUGUUGUUGCAAACAUGUACAGUAUCAAGAUGGGUUAGAGAAUGAGCUAGGGUUUUUAUCCCUUUCCCCCUUUUUUCAGCCUUUAAAUUUGGGGUGAGAUUUUUUUCCUGGUUACAUUUCCUAUGAUGGUUAGCUUGUUUGGCAGUAACCUGCAUAGCAGGCGUUUAGUGUGGGCGGGAGAAGAGAUGGUUAGUUUGGUAGCGGUGCAGAUUCCCACAACGUUACAUUCCCGCGUGAAAUCUAGCACCGCAAGUAAUAUGUUUGUCGCAAUGCAAACAUUAAUGUCAAAUUAUUCUUUGUUAAGAAGAAAAGCAAUCUUCGCAAAAUGCUUCCUCUUCUCCAAAAACUGGCUCUGAAGGCGAACCAUUGAAAGCUAGAAGAAAUCAACCAGUAAGUUACUAACAAAUCAUCAUAUAAUCAAACGUAGCCAUAGGAGGGACGCGUGGGGUUACCAGUUGAAAUCAAGAACAGCAAUUUAUAAGUACUUCAAUCAUGCAGUUUGACAAACGUUAUUUGAAGCGGGUGUCACCACUUUAUAGUGUUUUUCAUUUGUCAUUUAUUGAACUUUAACUGCGGUAACUAUUACAAUAUUAAAUAAAUAUACGCAGUAAAGAGAGGCAAGCAACAGGCCCAAGGCCCAAAGUCCCCAAACAAGGCAAGCCUUCCUAAGAGCACACAUUACAUUUAUAUAUAAAAAAAGAAAAAACAAGGACAAAAAGAAGAAAAAAAGAGGAAAUAAAGCUAGAAACAGCGGUGAUAUGCUGAUUUUAGCGGAAGAUUAGAUUGUUUGUGACAUUUCGUGUACAUAGUACGCCAAGUGUAAAUGUCAUGGAUUUUGAAUCUUUCUGUAAAACAUUCAACUAAAUGUUUUCGAAGUGAAAUUUUAAACGAGUUUGUUGCGUUUAUAGAUGUUAUAUUGCCCGGUAUGGAGUUCCAAAGAUCAACUGUACGAUUAAAGUAGCUAGGUUUUCGCAGGCAACUUUGACAAACAGCACGCAGAAUUACGCAAAAUUUUACAGAGAAAGAUAGUUAGUAGUAAUUUGUUUGGCGGAUUGUUAAGCCCGUUCUCCACUAGAAGAAUUUGUUCGCGUGAACAGUAAAAAAGUAGGAACUGGUCUAACUUUUUCGGGGCGAAUGUUUUCGCUGACCAAUCACAUUGCCAAGAUUUUCGCUUCGCGUCGCGCGAACAAAUUCGCCUAGUGGAGAACGGGCUAAUUAUGGAUAGUUGGCCAACGUCUAAAAAUUCGAGGUUCUCAAUGCGACCAAAUAUUAUGUAAUUUUGCUGUUUACGACAGUGUUGCCUGAGGAGACAACUAACAGCUGUGAGUGUCACACUUUGACAGAAAAACGUUGCUGCUUGAUUUUGCACAGUUAUUGGUUGCUAGAAUAACGAUAAAAAGUCUGAUGCUAAAACGGAUUCCAUAUACAAUCUUACAGAGAAAGAAAAGAUUAAGUGAAACCGAGUUGCAAGAAAUCUAUCAAGAAUUGCGUGGGAUAAGUCAAAAAUUAAAAGUAAGUUACGCAGUUAAUUCAAUUAACGUUGUCCUCCAAAGCCCAAAACUCGCAAGCGCAAACCACGAUCUCUAUAAAGGGCAAAAAUGACAAUCGAUGUGUUAUUAUCCUUUUCUUAACAUGGCCGGAUUUUGAGGUGUAUGAGGUGUUCUAAAAUUGAAAAACUGAUAGCCAUUCAUCUCUUUGUGAAGUACCCUUUUUAUGCAAUGUCUGAAAGAAACUUUGUAGUAAUGUAAUGGAGGGCAAAAUUGGAUAAGUUGUACAGUCAUAAUUCACGAAUGCACAUAUGUACAGUACGUGUAUUCCGUCAUGUAGUUAACUUUAGAGGGUUAAGUUCUAAGCCCUAACUUUCCAAUGGGGAUCGUGAGCUAGACCACUGCACCUCCCCUAAAUAUUUUUCUACCUCCCCCAGCAUUUCCUUCAAAAUCCGGCCUUGUUUCACUUUUAUGCAUGUGGUUUUGCGGGUUGACUUAUACAUUAUGCAACGCUCUCGGUUUAGUGUUUCCCAUCAUAUCCGCACUCUCUCUUAGAGGUAUAGUUAAUAUCGCCUUUUAUCAUGGAAUAUGUUUGCAUCUAUUUUUUAAAAUAUAUAACUCGGCUACUUAGGGUAAACAAAGCAUUAACACUUUUGUAAAUUUGAAAAGGACGAAACCCGUGAACUCCAGACAUGGGAAAAAGAACUUCAGGAACGAGAAGCCUUGUUAAAUGAUCAUGAAAAUAUUGCAGUGACUCAACAGGAAAAUGUUAGUGAAACAUUGGAGGACGAAGUACAGAGACGAUGUACUAUUAUUGACCAGGUACUGUAGUCCACUUUACAAUGUAAUUCUACUUUCCUUAUGUUUCCUAUAUCGCAACUAUUCAAAACCAUGCAUACCACCUUCACGCAAGUCCAAUUUCGCUUAGCUUCAAAACUUCUUCCGAAACUAAACAAAAUUUUUUCAUCAAAUUUUAUAUUAGGUAGCAUCAUGGUCUUUGCAUGAAACCAUUUGGCACUCCCACAGGGGUUGUUAACCUUUCAUUAUUGCUUAUAAUCUAUAUUUUACAACAAUGAACUUAUUAAUACCAAUGUGUGAGAUAUGCAGAUUUUGCAAAUUAACACGCUGUUAAUUUUAAGUCGAUUGCAUUAUUUUAAAAUUUAUUUAAUAUGUAUUGCAUUUUAAAAAUUUUAUAUUUUAUGAGCUGAUCGCAUUUGGCUCCCAGUUUUUGGAUGGCCAAAAUUAUUCGAGUCUUUUGUGAUGAAUUCGUUUUCACUAAAAAGCAUUUUUAUCAAAUAAAACAUUUUGCUUUAUUAAGGAGUAUCAAGGUCAUGUGAAUGAACUUCAACAGGUCAUACAUGAGAAAUCAAAGGAGGCCAAUCGACUUCGUGAUUCGUUCAAUACGAUACGAACUACACACGACGAUUUACGAAAGCAA